ACCAUAGGAUCACAAGGACUCCUGGCAAGAUUCCAAGACAUUGACAUAAGACUCCUAGAAACCAUAAAACACCUUCAAGGCUCAGAGGAUAGAAGACCACUAGACCAGGACCUAGUAGCCCUCCCUACUAGGCUAGGAGGCCUAGGAAUACCUCUCUACGCGGAAGUGGCCGAGCUAGCCUUCCAAAACUCACAGGCUAUAGCAGACAUCACCCUACAGAGGAUCCUACCGCCAAAACUCUUCUGGCGCCUACCCCGAGCACCCUCGCCAGCCCCUAGCAACACUAGCAACCUACAAGAGGACGGCCUAGAAGGGGACAUAGACAAGGCCACAGAAGAGGACACACAAGGUCUAGACGAACAAACCACUCUAGGAAGCCAGGAGCAAGAACAGGACACCCAACAACAGCCUAGCUUUCCCCUAGAACACCAACAACUAGACCCCACUAGUACUGGCCCUGCUAGAACCAUCUACCGAGCUGCAAUAGACAAGCUUAACAGAGCUCGACUAGCUAGAGUACAGCAGAAGCUCUCUUUACAGCAAGAGAACGUACGGAUCGAGAACUCAGCCUUCCUAGGCCGGAGAUGGCUAUCCGCAAUGCCUACCUCACAGCCCCUUCUACUCUCGGACAUGGACGCACGCCUACCGAGCGAGGCUGGUCCGGGCAUCAUUCCAGUAUUUAAAGAUUACGCACCUUACUACCGCUGGACAGGCUGGCGAACGGAACACCCUGUGGCAGAAACAGAGAUCGCCAGACAACAGAUCCUCCAGCUUGUCGAGCAGGCCAAAGAAGCAGACGAUGGGACAGGUCAAUGGGUCGCUAUCCUCGGCUUCAGCCAAGGCGCAGGAUUGGCUGCAACGCAAUAUCCUGAACCAGUCGCGCUGCAUGAGAUCACCGACAAAGAAUCCGUCGAUGCUAUCAAAGCCACCAAAGCGCUCAAGGCACCUAGACCGGACGAAAUUGCCAACAGCGCUCUG